AAGCAGGGGAGAUAAUCAAUGGAGAGGAGAUUCCAAUAGAAAGAAAGAACUCCGUUUUCCCUUUCCUUCUUUACCCGUUUCGUGUAUGCGACAGGCACACACAUGAACCAAUACGGCGUUUGGUAUUAGCUUCUUUUUUAGCUGCCAGUUUCCGGUUAAUACUCCAAAAAACCGAAAUUCAGCGGCUUCUGUUUUCCUCAGGCAUAUAUAGAUCGAUCGCCUCUGUCUCUCUCCCUCCGUCUCGCUCUCUCAAGAGCAAACCCAAUGGCGUCGAAAAAGGUGCACUACAAGCAGAAGCGUGUCUCCUGGUGUUAGAAUCACAAGUUUUUAACAGCAGAAUUGAGAAAGCAGUUCCCCACUUACGCUUCUAUCUUCCUCUUUGUUGAAUUAGUAAGAAGGAAAAUGGGGAGCUUCGGUAGACACGCCUCUGCUGUUCAAUCAAAUUUAGAGUGCUUCCUCGAUUGCACCACGCCCGUCGUCCCCCCUCAGCUCCUCCCAAAGACGAGUGUUCGGGAUUUCAACCGUCUGUGGCAUCCCCUCGACAAGAACACGAUCGAGUACUUCACACUGGGAGACUUGUGGGAUCGCUACAACGAAUGGAGCGCCUAUGGUGCAGGAACCCCCAUCGCCCUGAAUAGCGGCGAAACCGUUGUUCAAUAUUAUGUCCCUUACCUCUCUGCCAUCCAAAUCUAUACCAGUAAAUCUUCUCCAACUUUAAGAAAUUUGAGGGAGGAGAGCGAUCUUGGGGAGUUGGACAACCGGGACUCUUACAGCGACUGCUGGAGCGACGACAGCGAGGGGGAGAAGAUUUCGAGGUGUUUGAGCAAUUCGAACCCUGGGAGGGGUGGGGCGUGGGAUGCGGCCUCUGAGGAUUCAAGCUUCGACCAGGAGGGAGUUGGGUUGUGGCCCAUGAGCGAUAGGGAUAGUAGGCUGGGCUGCCUCUACUUUGAGUACUUCGAAAGGUCUGCUCCAUAUGGCAGGAUCCCCCUCAUGGACAAGAUAAAUGAAUUGGCUGAAGUUUUUCCUGGAUUGAUGUCUUUGAAGAGCAUAGAACUUUCUCCUGCUAGUUGGAUGGCUGUUGCCUGGUAUCCCAUUUACCACAUACCAACAGGCAGGACGGUGAAGGAUUUAUCCGCGUGCUUUCUUACUUAUCAUACUUUGUCAUCGUCUUUUCAAGAUGAUGGUACCGAGAAUGACCAGAAGGAUGCAGGGGCAGAGGACUUGAUGGAAGGGAGGAAAUGCAAGGAUGAAGUGAACGGAAUCGCCCUUCCACCGUUCGGGCUAGCCACCUACAAGAUGCAGGGGAACCUGUGGCUGAAUCCCGAUCGCAGAGACCAGGAGAGGCUCGUGGCUCUCUUGAGUGCUGCCGGUUCAUGGCUGAAGCAGCUGGGGGCUCAGCACCAUGACUUCAACUACUUCAACUCUCGCUCUAUCUGAGUUCUUGCGUACACGACGCGGCGUCCUUGUUCUUCCAUGGCUUGCACAUCUCAACCUCUGUGAGAGAAGAGAACGCGAGUGGAGACUGUGCAAAAGGAUAGAGACAACCCAAAAAGUGAGAAUGACGAGAACAGACCCUUAAUGUAUUAUCUGUAAUCUUGUUCGUCUUGUGUAGGAGAUGGGAGCGCACCAUUGGCGUGAAGUGGGCAAUGACAUGAGCGUUGUGACUUCUCAUCACCAAAAAAGUGAAAAGAAAAGAGCGAUGCAUUAGGCGUGUGGUUUUCCUUUUCUA